CCGGGGAUCUAUCAAGUUGGUCCAUCUCUACAGUGGAUGCUGCGGAUUGAUUUGGACUACUGACAUGCAGUCUGUCGAGCUACGCUGCGAGGCCUGCAAUGCUUCGUUUCACCGACGCGAGCAUUACCAACGGCAUAUCCGCACCCACACCAAAGAGAAACCCUUUGCCUGUGCCGAGUGCGGCCAAACGUUUAGUCGAGUAGACUCCCUGGCCCGGCAUCAUGACACGUUACACGAGCAUGCAUAUCCACAUGGCACUGACCGGGAGCGACGCCGGGUAGCGCAGGCAUGCAGGCGGUGCAACCUGUCCAAAGUACGCUGUGAUGGGGAUACUCCGUGCCACAGGUGUCGGACCCACAGCGUCGACUGUUUCUAUCAGUUACCACAGAAGCGCAAGCUCGCAAAUUCUGCUGCAGCAAAGCGGCCUAAAAGACACCAUGGUACAGACUCAAACCAAAAUUCGGAACAGUCGGUUUUAUUAUAUCAGGAUGAGGUGUCAACCGAGCUCCCAGACGGCGUUGCUCUACCACCAUCGCCAGUCACCCAGACACCCGCUUCAACGCAUGCAUUGCCGCCAGUGGCAAUGGGUAGACGGGUGGACAACGCAGAUGCAUGGGGAUUUACCAGCCGUCUACCUCCCCCAAUCGCCGCGACAGACGAAACUAUCCCGAGCAUGUUCCACAAUGAGGCAUUGGGAUUUGAAAACUUACUGGGCAUGGAUAUCGAUACGAAUGUGUUAUCCGAUAUUUUUGAGCAAGGCCCUUCACUGGAUGAACUUAACGAUAUAUGGCUGGCAAGCGCAGAUAUGGAGUCGCAAGCCCAUCUAACAAUGUCAGGGAUCUCCAGACCAAUUACCCCUUUGACACCGACUGCAGUUGCAGAGAUUUACAGUCGUAGUCACUCCCCAUAUUCCGACGCGGCUAUGGAACCAAGACGGUAUCACCCAACUGUUAUCAAUGUCGAUGCACAGCUAUCAUUUCCCAAUAUGGAGAACGUGUCCGUCGAACAAGUGGACGAAGAGAACUUUGCCCACGUGAAUGAGGUGCCUGCUACAGUGGUGGAGGAAGUACUGCACAUGGCUGAAGUCAUGGAGAGUACUCCCACCUUUCCGCGGUUUACUGAACUGAAGAUUCCGCCGUUGCCGGUGAUUAAUGCCUGGGUGCAGCUCUAUUUUGAGCACUUUCAUCCGGUGUUCCCCGUGCUACAUAAACCAACGUUUUGCACUGCGGACACUCAUUGGCUUCUUGUAUUUACUGUGAGUGCCAUAGGAGCUCAAUUUUCAGGUCUGCCGCAUGCGCAAACCUGCUCGAGAGCCAUGCACGAGAUGGUCCGACGUCAGUCCUUAUAUCUAUGUGAGAAUAAGAAUGGAAACGCUCGGGAGUUAUGGCUUACGCUAGUCUUACUCCUCAACCAACUGGGAUUAAGGUAUUCUGGCGAACGAAGGGCACUGGAGAUUGCUGAAGUAUAUCAAACGCUUCCAGUUACUGUUGGACGACGGAACCGGUUGUUCAGAAACACCGUAUCUCCCCACAAGAUCCUCGAGUUGGAAUUUCCAAUCGCCCAGAAAUGGCAUAUCUGGACACUUGACGAGCAACGGCGACGUACAGGCUUCGCCAUCUGGCUAUCUGAUAUGGCAUUCCAUACUCACUUGGAUCUAUCUUCUGUGAUACGAGUCGAUGAAAUGCAGAAUACACUUCCUCAGACAGAAGAGCUCUGGCAAGCCCCGACUGCACAAGGCUGGGCGAGUUUCCUAUCACGUAUAGGAAACACGCCUCUCACCAUUGGGCAUAUCACUACCGAGAGGAGUUGGUCGGUAGCAUGGUUCAAAACCGGUACUCUCGGGAAACAAGUUAUUCUCCAGCUUCUGCUUAACGCUGCCAAUGACUUUGGCGGACCUCAGGGGUUCCCAGAUUCCUCAUCACUGGCUACAAAUGAUGCGGAGGAGGAAUUGAGACACCUCCUUGAGAUUACAGAAAAAGAGGUAGAGCUCUCCAUCACUGAACUCAAGGCUUGCGUAGCUCACAGGCUCGUCAUUCUCUACGCCCUCAUGAUUAACAAUCUUCCGAAAAUGCUUUUGCUUCCUGCUGUUUUGAAGAUGAAAUGUCAGCCUUUAAGUGAGGCCGAACUAGGUAGAAUAAGAGAUGAAUGGGAUGCUGCGCCACGACAACGGAGGCUGGCCCUUUUCUACGCAGCACGAGUGAUUGAAACCGUACGAACACAUUACUGCUCCCAUUUUUCGACCCCCGUCAUCUUCUUUCGGGCUGUCUUGGCCAUAUGGCUAUACUCUGCGCUUUACAGCCCACCAUGUCGUCCAUCUAUGCCGACUGAAGCGCCAUCCAUUGCUCUUCGUGCGCCGGACUGGGGUGGCGUGAGCGCUAGGGGGUGGAUUGAGUCGGGAUGGGGUCGUGUCAAAGUGCCCGGAAUCGGCGAUUUCAUGUCCGCACAAGGCCGCAACAAACUCUUAGAUGCGUCUAUCGUGACCUUUAAAACAUUAAGGUACUGGGGUAUCAGCAAGAUCUACGAGCAAGUGCUGGCACGGCUUCGAGCGACAGCAACCUCUAGUAUUUCCGUGUGCUGA